AUGGGGCCAGCGUCCAUUGAAGCCUACAGUGAGAGAAAGUUUCAAACUCCCAUGUAUUACCUGCUGGCAAAUUUGUCCCUGAAAUACAUAUUCUGCCCAUCAGUUACUGUUCCCAAGAUGCUCAAGAAUCUCUUGACGGAGGAUCAUAGUAUUUCAUUUGUUGGGUGUGCUCUGCAGCCCUAUUUCUUGGUGACCCUAACUGGGACUGAAGUUUUCUUGCUGGCCUUGAUGGCUUAUGACCAGUAUGUGGCCAUAUGUUUUCCGCUGCGUUACUCCCUCAUCAUGACCAAGGUUCGCUGUGUACAGCUGUUGUUUGGAACCUGGUCCUCUGGGUUUCUCAACUCCUUUAUCCAUACAAUGCCUACAUUUAUCCUGCUUUUCUGCAAGUCCAAUCGAGUUAACCAGUACUACUAUGAUAUCCCACCUGUAGUGACCCUGUCAUGCUCUUCUACCUACAUGGCAGAAAUGCUUAUUUUAAUGGUAGGAGAUAUUUUUGGUGUUGUUGCUUUUCUGACUACUUUUAUCUCUUAUACAUACAUUGUCUCUCCCAUCCUAAAAAUCCAAUCAGUGGAAGGGAAGUGUAAAGCAUUCUUCACAUGUGCUUCCCAUCUUCUUGUAGUCUUCUUGUUCUAUGGCACAGCUAUAUUUACCUAUAUAUGCCUCUCCUCCAGUCAACACUCUCCUGACAGAGACAGACUCGUCUCUAUGUUGUAUGGGGUCAUUACUCCCAUGUUAAACCCCAUUAUUUACAGGCUGAGAAACACAGAAGUCAAAGAAGCACUCAGAAUAAUUGUUUCAUAUUAG